AGAUUGCUUUUGUGUGUGUGUGAGGGCGGGAGAGAGAUAACCACAACAUUUAAGAUAAGAUUGUAAUGGUUGGAGUCUGAGGAUAUUUUCCUUUCUAGCCCUGAAGAGUUCCUAGUAUUCCUACCUACUACUCGUUACAGUUUCUUCUAUGCUUUUAAAUGUUGCAUGAUAUGCAAAGAAAUAUAGCAGUUGAAGCUUUGCCAAGCAUGGAACUGUAGUGAUGAGGAAACUGCGCCUGUUCAAAUAUCAAUAUUGGCCAGCUCACUCUAACUCACACAGCUGUUAAAAGGUUUGAACCUCUGCCAGCUAAUUUUUUUUUUUUAAUGGCAGCUAUCAAUGUUGAACCCCUCCAUCUUAACCUCAGGUUAGAAUGUGUGUAAAUAAAUAAACCAUAUUUCAUAAAGUCACCACACAUUCUGCUGACCUUCUUUCCAAGGAAACCAAACCCCUGGGUUAAGCACAGGGACCCCUGGAAAUUUCUCACCGCUUGGAGAUUGGGGUGGCGUGCAACACUGGUGUUGAAAGUGGGAUUGAGUUUCCUGGAAGAAGCAUGGGGAGCAAGGUGUGCCUGAGUUAAAAUGGAGGGAGAAACUGCAACCACUCUGGAACAGAUAAAAUUGAUGGAUCAGCAGGAGGAUCAGCAGCAAAGGCAACAAGAGUGCCAGGAGGACCAGCAGCAAAGGCAGCAGGACCAGCAGCAAAGGCAACAAAAGCAUCAGGAGGACCAGCAGCAAAGGCAACGAGAGCACGAGGAGGACCAGCAGAAAAGGCCAACAAGAGGCAUUAUCGCAUUCCAGCUGGAUAAAAGCACUCAGAGAGGGUUUGUGGCCUGGAGAGUCCGGAGAGCCAACCAGAGAGACCACAUUUAGCC